GGCCAGGUUGUGUUGCUGGACAAGUCCUCCUUCUGCGGGGGGAACUCCACCAAGGCCACUAGUGGCAUCAACGGCGCUGAGACCAAGACACAGAAGGCCAAGGGCAUCGACGACACCAUCACCCUGUUCACGAACGACACCCUCAAGGGCGGCGCCAAGAAGCCCGAGCUGGUGAAGGUCCUGUGCGGCAACAGCGGGGCCGACGUCGACUGGCUGGUGGAGAAGUUCAACCUCGACCUGUCCCUGGUCGCCCGCCUCGGCGGCCACUCCGCGCCGCGCACUCACCGAGGCGCCGAGCGAUUCCCGGGGAUGACCAUCACGUACGCUUUGAUUCAGAUGGUUGAGAAGGUCGCCGAAAGGUCGGACAAGGCGCGCAUCAUCACCAAGGCCAAGGUCACCAAGCUGCUCACUGCGAACGGCGGCUGUGUGGGCUGCACCUACGAGAAGGGUGGCCAGUCCUUCUCCGAGAUGGGGCCCGUCAUCCUCGCCACCGGCGGCUUCGGCGCGGACUUCACCAGCAAUUCCCUCCUGGCUCAGUACCGCCCCGACCUGAUGCACCUGCCGACCACCAACGGCGAGCACUGCACCGGCGACGGCAUCAAGAUGGGCGAGGCCAUCGGGGCCAAGAGCAUCGAUUUGGAGUGGGUGCAGGUGCACCCCACCGGCCUGGUGAAGCCUGACGACCCCGACGCCAAGAUCAAGUUCCUGGCCGCCGAGGCGCUCCGCGGCGUCGGCGGCCUGGUGCUGGACGCCGCGGGCAACCGCUUCGCGAACGAGCUGGGACGCCGCGACUACGUCACUGGCGAGAUGUGGAAGAACAAGCCGCCCUUCCGGCUCUGCCUGAACAAGGCCGCGUCCGCCGAGGGCCGCGCGGCUUGCGUGGCACUGCAAGCACUACACUGGCCGCGGCGUCAUGAAGUUCUACGAGAGCGGCGAGGCGCUCGCCAAGGACAUGGGCGUCCCCCUCUCCGUGCUGGAGAAGACGCACAGCGACCACUACGCGGCCGCCAAGAAGACCGAGAAGGACCCCCGCCGUGCGCCGCACGGAGAUGGCGGCGGCCCGGCGAAUGGGAGGGGGGGGGGGCGGACAGAGCACCGGUUCGGCGUCGCUCGUCGGGAGGCCGCUCGUGUUCUGCCAUGUCGCCGUGGGCUUCAUCCACAGCCCCAUUCGAGGCGGGGAUCCAUUCACGUGGACGUGGACGUGGAUGUGGCUAUG